UUGGUCAUUCUCCUGAUUUGUGUAGUUGAUGAAAUGAACAGUCACUUCCGAACACAAGCUGGCCUGUAUAUCGACCACAAGCAUGAAGUGUAUACCGUACACGAGGAUAACAAUGGCUUCUCUAUUAUUGGUAUCGGCUAAUACAGACGUAAAAGUAUAUCAUCCUUCCCGUUUAUUCACAAAAAUUUCUGAUUGUAGUACACCGCGAAUCAGAGGAUUCUCGUUCGCUCCGGCGUUCAAUUUCCCGGUCGUAUACCCUCAGAAAAGUCUUCGUCGAUCGUUCUCGCCUCUAAACGUGAACAGCAGCGGAGAUGAAGCCACGGGCGAUUUAAUUGAAGAACUGAGGGUUCCAAUCCAGUGGUCGGAACCUUCUAAAGCUUUAGAGGCGUCAGAAUGGUUGAGAGUUACUCUCAACAAGUGGUUGGAUGAUGAAUACUGUCCUGAAGACACCAAUAUGGAAAUUAGCAAGGUUGCUUCAAGUUCGUUCUACAAAUCAUUAAUGGAGAAAGAGAUUGAUAUAGGUGAGAUAUUGUUAAAGAUGGCUAAAGAUUUGGAAUCUAUAUCAUAUCAGGAGAGCUUUCAUGGAGCAUUCUCAUCAGCAAAUGCAGCAGUAAGUCUCAUAAUCCAACGGAUUGAGCAGGAGUCCUAAAAGCUUGACUGCAAUCGGCCAGGUUUCCCUCCUGUAGCGAUACAUAUAUUUUCUUGAGAUUUCCUUUAACUAUCUUUGCAAGGAUUGCCUUUUUACUGUCAUUAUCGCCUUAUUCAUAAGGUCAAUUGUCUAUUUUGAGAGUUCCAUGGCUGAUUUCUCUCUCUCUCUCUAUUCGCUGUCUUUCUAAUUGGCUUCGUCUUGGCUUAAUAUAAAGUUAUCAUUUCAUAAAUUGUUAUGGUCAGUAUUCUGGUAGCUGGACUGUGUUUGUAUAUGAUAUUUGUUUUCUCUAUAAGGACUUUCACAUGCUGAGGAGAUCUUUCUGAAACAUUGUUUAAAACAUCAAGAACUAUUGCAUCCAUACUAUUUUACUUUAUCAUGUCAUAUUCAGAUUGAUAUAUUCUUCAAUUUACUAAGAAUGUUCAGCCACACAGAUACGAUCAAGGUGAUUUGUUUGGACUUUGGAGAGAGUGAUUUGGGUCAGGCUUAUACUGCUUUGAGGUUAUCUGUAGACAGUUAACUCACGUUCCUAGUGAUCUAGAGUAUAUAAUUGGCAGCUAACUUUGGUAGCUACUUGUCUUAGAAGUGCAUUUAACUAUCUGAAAUGCGUUUUAAGAAAUCAUAUUGAAAGGAUCAAUGCUAACACAGAUUGAGAGAAUAGCUUGACUUGAUCAGUGUAAGAGGGAUAUUAAGGUUGUGAUAUUCCUUGAUAUUAAAUAUUGCAUGAUUUGCAGUGUGGUGAAGGCUGAAGAGGUGGACGAGCAUGCAUUGCCUUGCAUUUAGUUUGGGUUUCACUCAUCAUCCUGUUACAUGUUUUUUGAAAUGAAUGAAUGCAUAAUGCACUUGGUAAUACCAACUUGGGUUGAUUAUGGGGUGCUCACAACUUUUGAAAAUAUGGUGCAUUGAUUGUCAUGAAGAUUAGGGUGUGUUUGGUUCGAAGGGAGGGAGAGGAGGAAGGAAUAAAUUCAUGUCCCCUACUCCACUGUACUUACCGAAGUUUAAACCCAAAAGGGGGAGGCUGAUGUUUCCGUUCCCUACCCUCUAACUGAACAAACCUAUUAGGUAGAGCCAUUAAUUACAUUACAGGUUGCAGAAACUAUAUUAAAAGAAAGUCUCCAGAGUAUAAUUCAUAUAACUUUGUAUGAGUUCUCUAAAGACUGUUAUAGUGUGUUUUCUUAUGGUCCAGAG